AGAUAUGGUUAUUCUUGUUGAUGGCAACCCUUUAGAUAAGGUUCCUGAUUCCAUUAGUGAAUUUUAUAAAGUCCAUCAAAGUGUAGUUGCAAAGGGGUCUAGUUUUGCUAGUCAAAAUAAUAUUUUGGUACAGAAAGAAUAUAGUCUGUAUGUAGCACAAGGGGAGUUUGCUGUUGUUCCUGCAAGUGAUGCCAAGAUCAAAUACAUAGGAUCUGAUGAUGCUACCACAUGCCAUAUUGUCAUUAUAAGACAUGCAUCAGGAACAGUUUGCGUAGCACAUUUUGAUGGGAGCAAAAAUGAAGAAGCAGCAGUUGACACUAUGGUAUCUAAAAUAUUUCAAAUUGAGGGCAGUGUAGGUCCUUUAGAAUUAUAUGUGGUUGGUGGGUACGUUGCCGAAGAAGGAAGUAGAGAAGCAAACAAGAAUGAGUCUGAAAGCUUAUCUAUAAAAAUAUUAGGGUUGUUCAUGAGACACAAGUGUCAGUUUAAUCUUUUUCUUUGGUGUACUUGUUCUUUGAAUACCACACAAGGAUCUAGUGGACCAAAACCAAUAGUGUAUGGAAUGGCUGUUCACCUUUCUAGUGGGACAGUAUUCCCAGCAACCUUUAAGUCACAUGAUCCAGAUUUGCCACUAAGGUCAGCAUCACGUUGGAUGGGGGAUCACACAGUUGCUUGUGAUCUGUAUGACUACAAGACGGGGACCAUAACUAUUAAGCCUUUUAAUUAUUCAGAUGUUGAUCAUUUUGCUUUUUAUUUGAAGCUUUCAGAUCAGGUUUUGCUAAAUAAUUUCUCCACGUCCCCUAAAGUGGAACCCCCUUCUUUUUGUCAUGAUUUAAGAGAAGUAUUCAGAGUGUUUGUGACCCACCCAAAUCCUGAUGUUACUUUGUUUCCAAAUCAUAAACCAAAGUGUUACUAUAUGAAUGAUAGUGGGUUGUGGCAGUUAUUGAAAGAGUAAAAUGUGUGUUAUAUUUUGCAGAGAGUGAAAAGUACAAUAAAAGAAAACAAACAGAAUCCUGUGAUUAAAUUAUAAAAUGAUUGCCUUGCAUGAACUGGAACAUGUUAAUUAAAACUAUAUACUGUACAUUCAUUUAUAAACUGCUGCAAACUAGCUUGUGUUCUCUUAUUGUACUGGGACAAACAAACCUGUGAUAUGGAUUUUAAUUGUAUAUCUUGAAAGAAGUUUUACUUUUGUCAGUGAUUAGAAGUCACGAUGGUACAUUAUGUUGAUGUUGGGUAAAUUAGUUCCUUUUUUUGUAUGUCAAGUUUAUUAUGUAAGGUUAUGUACUUUUUUUUUUUUUAGAACUAUUUUGAUGAUACAGCAAAAAAUGCCUCUUAACAUGUUUUGUAAUUAAUACUGUUUUUAGGACCGUUAAUUUUGGUUUUUUCUUAAAUCAAGAGACACUAGUCAUCCUUUUCGCUUAUGGCAGUUUAUUUUUUUAAUAGUUCCCAAGGAUGCUGAAGUCCAAACUUGUACUGCCAAUUUUAUGUACCGGGUAAUAGGUAUCUCUUAUGCCUAUUUAAUUGGAAUAGGCAGAGUUAUUUUUAAUUUAAGUUUGUGAAUGUUCUUCAAUACUUUUAAGUAUUGUAUUUUUCAGUAUGUUUCACUAGGAUUUUAUUUUUGAAAAGGCAUGACUAAUUUUAUUGACAUGAAAUGAAAAUAUAUAUACUGUAUCAUGUUCUAGGUACGUAUAUUUAUUUCAUGCUUUUUAUUUAAAAAAAAACAUGUUUCUUGACUCAGGAGCUUGAAUGAAUGAAUUGCUCCUCCUGUAAUGUGCAAUAAGUUGAGGACAAAGGUGUUCUUGUUGAUAUGUGCCUUAUUAAAGAAGUGUUUAGCAGUAUCCUGUGGUGGUUUUAUGGCUGAAUAUAACUUCAGUAACUGAAGAGAAUUGCUCCACCCAUUCCUUUUUCAUUAUUAAAAAAUUCCAUGUAAUUUGUAGAUAGUGAUGCCUGUGAUCUCAUUUAGAGGCAUAUUUUGUCAAGAUUAUAUUGUGUAUACUACAUUAGUACAUAAGGUUUAGGUGUGUGAUGUUUUCUAUUCAAGCAAUACAAAUAUGAAGACUAGUUAAGCUUUGAUAAAUGUCUUCUUUAUUAGGUAAUGUUUGUGCAAUGCAAGUUAUAUAUUGUUUUUGUAUGCUAGAAGUAGUUAUAUAAUGGUUUAUGUACCAUAUGUCACAGCACAACAGUGAAAUGAUUUUUUAAUUCAUAUGAUAUGUAUUAAAACACUAUUGAAAAUUACAUUUAUAGUAGUGUAUGGAAAUGCUAGUUUUUAAAGUUCAUGCAGGGCUGUAUUUCAAUAUUCUUGCUGCAGCUCUGUUGUUGAAGAUUAUUUUGCAUAUAGCAUAAUGCUUUUUGUGACCAUUCAGUAUUAUAUUUUUGGAAUGUGUUACGUUACUAUAGUGAAUAUAAGCUUAUGUAGCCAACUAUUAGUGAAUAUAAGUCUUAUGUAGCCAGUACUGAAAAAAUUUAUAUUCCAGA